AGCGCGGGCGGGUCUCGGCCUCCUCUGGCCCCAUCGACCUAUCGAUACCUGAUCUGCCGCCAUGCUGUGCGUUCAGACACGGCUUUCCCUGUCUCGCCCGGCCCAACGGGCCCAUGUCUCCUGGAUCCGCUGCUCGCUCUUUCAUUCGGCUCUGCCCCGACUGCACCAACGCGAUCCACCGCCCCAGCAGCCGAUCCGCAUCCGCCAACGCACCCGGAGAGGCGGGUCGACUCACUGGACGACACUGGAGUCGCCAGUGCCAUCCCGCACCACCGAUCCAGCCGGUCCAGCCGGUCCAGGCACUGUCCGCGAUGCAUCGCGUUGGGUAAUCGUCGACCAUGUCGAGUCGUUCGAGACGCUUGCCCAGCAGCCCGCUGCAGCCUCGGCCUCGGCCCCGACCCCGAUCUCCAACCCAAUGCUGACGCGGCUCUUCAAGCUGCCGGGGUUCGGCCCGGUCUGGGACAAGCUGUCGGUUAUCUUCCUGCCCCGGGCCUAUACCCACACUACAUAUCCUGAAUAUCUGCCAUACACAUUCUGGCAGUUGGUGCACAACGUCUCCGGCACGGUCACCGGCACCCUCUCGACCCAAGCGUUGCUCCACGCCCUGGGCAUGGGCGCUGCCGCAUCGUAUGGACUCGCUGCGACGACCAACUGGAUCAUCAAGGACGGAUUUGGCAUGCUCGGCGGUGUGCUCUAUGCCGGUUUGAUCGGCAAUCGCUUCGACUCUCAUCCCAAGCGAUACCGCUUCCUCAGCGCCAUCGCCAUUCAAGCCGCAACUUUUGCCGAACUGCUGACCCCGCUGUUCCCGCAGUUUUUCCUGCCGAUGGCGUCGUUCUCAAACGUUGGCAAGAACAUUGGCUGGCUCGCCGCAAGCGCAACCAAGGCUUCGAUGCACAAGGGCUUUGGCAAGGAGGACAACCUCGGCGACAUUACGGCAAAGUGCGGGGUGCAAUCCACCGCAGCGGGGCUCAUCGGCACAGGCGUGGGCGUCGGCUUGAGCUGGACGUUGGGCACGGAGCCAAUGACGUUGAUGCUGGCCUUUGUUCCGCUCUCGGCUCUGAACAUCUGGUCGACCAUCAAGUCCAACCAAUGGGUCAUCACGCGGACCCUCAACGUCGAACGCGGAGAGCUCUUCAUGUCCGAGGUCUUUGUCGCCGGCGACUUGCCCAAGAGCGUCUCCCCUGAUGCAACCGGUGACCGAGUCGACCAUGCGCUCAGUCUCGCAGUCGUCGGUCUCGAUCCCGCAUUCGUCCCGUCUCCAGAGUCGAUAUCCUCCAAGGAGCACUUUAUGGACUCGUAUGCGAGCUGCUUUGUGGCUCCUUUGUUGAUCGAGCCACCGAUGGCGCCCUAUGUCGAGUCGUUUGGUCCAGCCGAGUCUGCAUUCAUCUUUGGAACGAGCUGGGCCAAGGCAGACGAAAAACGUGGAGAUGCACGGCUCCCCCAAUCUCAGCCAAAGUACCGAACCAUGAUUGUGCCCGGCCCGAUCGAUCCAGCCAAGGAUGCGGCCACGCCUGGUGUCGCCCUCUGGUUUUUGGAAGACGCCACCGGUGCCGACACAAUCAAGGGCUUCUUCCAUGCUUGUAUAAUCCGCAAGAUGCUCGAGGGUGUUCCGCGGUCGUCGUGGGAGACAGCAGCAGCAUCUGGAUCGCUUGAGGAACUGAGGAUGGGCAUCAUCACGCGCGCCCAUGAGGUCCUCGAGAGUCGGUUCGACGAUAUUCGGGACGCCAUGAAGCAGAAGGGCUGGGUCAUUGAAAAGAGCCACCUUGCGGACGUCAACAGCCGUAUUUGCAUUGAUUAGGGUCGUGAGCAGCUUUGCCGACGACAGACAACGAGGAUCAAAAUGGUUAAAUGGCACCGUCAGUGCAUCCUUGAGAUCAGCAAUGAUCCUCCUAUCGUCCAACUUGAACGCUAAGGGCAUCCUUACAAGGUUAAAUAGAUGUACGAGAAUUGCAUUUCCUCGACUGCGUCUGCUCAAUCUAUGAUAUUGUGAUCUCCGAAAACGUCGCAUUAAGUAAAUGUGAUAGAACGACUGAAUAACAAAUCUAAUGUUACCUGA